GAAAAGAGAGGAUUUGGGUCUAAAACCCCCAAAAGGUUUGAUCUUUGAAUAGAGAGCCAGUAAAAUAGUCGGAUUCAACUCCCCGACCGGAAAAUGGCGGCUGGAGGCGGCGGAGGGAGGGCAAUCAGGGUGCUGAAUGUAGCAGAGAAACCGUCGGUGGCAAAGACGGUAUCAGGAAUAUUAUCGAGGGGCCAGGGGUUAAGAACGCGAGAGGGGAGGUCAAGGUACAACAAAGUGUUCGAGUUCAAUUACACGAUUCAAGGACAGCCUUGUCAGAUGAUGUUCACAUCGGUCACUGGACAUCUAAUGGAAAUAGAGUUUGAAAGCCGCUAUCGGAAGUGGAACUCUUGCGACCCCGUCGAUCUAUUUCAAGCACCCAUCCGCAAACAUGUCCCCGAGGACAAAUUAGACAUCAAAAAGACCUUGGAGGAGGAAGCGAGAAAAUGUCAAUGGCUUGUAUUGUGGCUUGAUUGUGAUAGAGAAGGAGAAAACAUUGCAUUUGAAGUCGUGGAAGUUUGCUCAAAUGCAAAUUCUCAUCUCGAUAUAUGGAGGGCUCGUUUCUCUUCAUUAAUCGAUAGGGAAAUCCACCAAUCUGCACAAAAUCUUGUACGCCCUAAUCAGUUAUUUUCAGAUGCAGUUGAUGUUAGGCAAGAAAUAGAUCUUCGAAUUGGUGCUUCAUUUACAAGAUUUCAAACAAUGUUAUUGAAAGAUGCAUUUGCUUUUAACUUUUCUACAGAUGGCAGAAGCCUUGUUCUAAGCUAUGGUCCUUGUCAGUUUCCCACAUUGGGAUUUGUUGUGGAAAGAUAUUGGGAGAUACAAGCACAUGAACCUGAAGAAUUUUGGAAGAUUCAGUGCACUCAUACAGCUGAUGAAGGCACUUCUACUUUUAAUUGGAUGCGUGGGCAUUUGUUUGAUUACACAUGUGCAGUAUUACUUUAUGAAAUGUGUCUUCAAGAACCCAUUGCAACUGUGACAAAAGUUAGGCAGCAGGAGAGACUAAAAUACCCUCCACAUCCUUUGAACACUAUUGAGCUAGAGAAACGAGCUUCACGUUAUUUCAGGAUGAGUUCUGAACAAACCAUGAAGAUUGCAGAAGACCUUUACCAAUCUGGUUUCAUAAGCUACCCUCGUACAGAAACCGAUUCCUUUUCAUCAAGAACCGAUUUACAUAUACUUGUACAAGAACAACAAGAGCAUCCAGUGUGGGGCCCAUAUGCCAAAAGGUUAUUAGAUCCUUCAUCAGGACUCUGGAAAAAUCCAACCAAUGGUGGACAUGAUGACAAAGCACAUCCUCCCAUUCACCCUACAAAAUACUCAUCUGGUGAAUCUGGUUGGAGUGAGGAUCAUCGUAAACUGUAUGAGCUGGUUGUUAGACAUUAUUUGGCAUGUGUAUCUCAACCUGCUGUUGGAGCUGAAACCACAGUAGAGAUUGAUAUUGCUGGAGAGAUGUUUUCAGCAUUGGGGAGGACAAUAGUUGCUAAAAAUUAUUUGGAAGUUUACAGAUUUGAAACAUGGGGUGGAUCACUUAUCCCAAAUUACACAUUUGGACAGCAGUUCACUCCAACAUCAUUGACUCUUGAGUCAGGGAUUACUAGACCACCUCCCCUCUUAAGUGAAGCUGAUCUUUUAGAUUGUAUGGAUAAGGCUGGAAUUGGCACAGAUGCAACAAUGCAUGAUCACAUUAAAAAGCUAACUGAUCGGUUUUAUGCUACUAAAGAAUCACAACAUUUCAAGCCAACUAAUCUUGGUGAGGCAUUAGUUAUGGGAUAUGAUGAUAUGGGGUAUGAGCUAUGGAAACCAUAUCUUAGGAGUAUGAUGGAAAUGGAUAUGAAAGCAGUUAGUGAAGGAAACAAGAGAAAAAAUGAUGUUCUUGCUACUUGUUUGCAGCAGAUGAAGGAUUGCUUUUUAGAUGCAAGGUUAAAUAAAGUAAAACUCUUUGAAGCCUUGGAGAUAUUCUUUGACAGAACAAAUAAUGCUGGAGGAACAGGGCAACAGAGUUUUGGAGAAAAAAUCCGGAAAUGUGAUGUUUGUCAAGAUUCAGAUAUGGUUCUUAGAAAGAAACCGGAUGGAAAGUACAUGGUUGGUUGCUUGGGUUUUCCACAGUGUAGAAAUGUGAUCUGGCUUCCUGGAUCCUUAUCAGAAGCAACUGUCACCACAACUGUUUGCAAUACAUGCACUCCAGGACCUAUUUUGAAGAUUCAGUUUACAUUUCGAAGGCUUGAAAUACCACCAAAUUUCAAUGUCAAUCAUUUAGGUUGUGUUGGUGGGUGUGAUGAUAUUCUGAGAGAGCUUAUGGAAAUAUCUGGAACUGGACAUCGAAAUCCUUCAAGCAUACCAGCUAGAGGAAGAGGAGCCACUAACACUACCACUACGCCUUCUCAUACAACUACUCCAAAUAAUUUUAAUAAUAAUAAUAAUAAUAAUAAUAAUAAUAAUUUUAAUAAUAAUAAUAAUGAUAAUAAUAAUAAUAAUAAUCAGCAGAGUAGUUGCAGUUUUUGUCAUCAAACAGGACAUUCUUCAAGUGAUUGUUAUUCACUCACUUCUCAAUCGCGUAGUUCAAGAUCUCAAAGACUCAACAACUCAAAUAAUGGAGAUACACCGGUUCCUUGUAUUAUUUGUGGUGCACCUUGUGUUCUGAGAACUGCCAACACAGAAGCUAACAGGGGAAGAAAGUUUUACACUUGUCAAACACAGGGUUGCAAGUCUUUUAUGUGUUGGGAGGAUAGUGUCCCCACUACAAGAGCUACAACCACCGCUAGUCGGGGUGGCCGUGGCGGAGGUGGUGGUGGUGGUGGUGGUGUUGGUGGGAGAUUUGUGUCGGCCAUUGGUGAACCUGUUUCCGGGAGAAGUUGUUUUAUUUGUGGUGAUCCGUCACAUUUUGCAAAUGUUUGUCCAAAUCGUGGUAUGCGAAAUUAA